AUGCCGCGGUGGAAUGGGGCGCGGACCAAGAUCCAGCUGAAGCUCGCGAUUCAGCGCGCGCGUAUGCUGCAGGAGAAGAAGGAGUCGCUUGCGAAGCAGGCGCGGCGUGAGAUUGCAGACCUCGUGCAGCGAGGCAAGAUGGAGACGGCGCACGUCAAGACCGAGUCGCUGAUUAUGGAGGACGUGCACAUUGAGUUGCUCGAGCUGCUCGAGCUGUACUGCGAGACGCUGCACGCGCGGUUUGCGCUGCUGGAGCUGAAUACGACAGAGCCCGAGGACGCAGUCAAGGAGCCGCUCAUGGGACUGCUGCAUGCCGCGCACCGCACCGAGCUGCCCGAGCUGCAUGUCUUGCGCGAUAUGCUCGCGGCGCGGUACGGUGCCGAGCUCGCGCAGGCGGCGCUCGACAAUGCGGAUGAGUGUGUCUCGCCGCGGGUCACUAAAAAGCUCGCGUUCCACAUGCCGCCGGAGGAGCUUGUUCAUGCGUAUCUAAGCGAGAUAUGCAAAGCGUACGAAGUGCCAUUUGGCGACGAUGUAGAGACAGGGACAGAAGUCGUGCAAGGCGGGAACGAGGGUGCGACAGCGACCGACGCUGCAGACGCGCCCGAGAAAGCCGCCCCAAGCGCCCCUGCCGACACAUCGCCCCCGGCCGCUGCCGCGCCGUCCGAAUGGGAUGCGCUCAUGAACCGGUUUGCGGCGCUCAAAAAACGUUCAUAA